AGGCUCCCUCCUCCUUUCUCUCCACCAUCUACCUGUUCUGCUGGACCAUCCCCAGGUCCUGGGCUUCCAUGGAUGCCAACCAGAGCUGGGCAUGUGAGUUCAUCCUGCUGGGUUUUGCCCAUGUGCCCACACUGCGCCCUCUACUAGCCGCACUUGUCCUGGCCGUGUUCCUGCUCUCACUGUUGGGCAAUGGGCUUAUCGUGCUGUUGACCAUGUGGGAUGCAGCCUUGCAUGCACCCAUGUACUUCUUCCUGCCCCAGCUAGCCCUUGUGGAACUCUGCUUCUCCCUGGACAUUGUACCUCGGAUGCUAGCCACACUGCUGUGGCCUGGGCAUGGCAUGUCACCUGUAGGCUGUGCGCUGCAGAUGCUACUGGUGCUGGCUUGUGUAACGUCCGAGUGCUUCCUCCUGACCAUCAUGGCGGGUGACCGCUACCUGGCCAUCUGCAAGCCCCUGCACUAUGGCACCAUCAUGAGCCCACAGCUCUGCCACUUGCUAGGUGCCUCCUGCUGGCUGGCUGGAGUCCCUGUGUCACUGGUAUUCACAAUCUGGUUGUUCAGCUUUCCAUUCUGUGGGCCAUGUGGCAUACACCACUUCUUCUGUGACAUCAGCCCUCUGCUGAGCCUGGUGUGUGCAGACACUAGGGUCUUUGAGACCAAUGUGUUGAUGGCCACAGUGAUUGUCAUGAUGGUUCCAUUUUGUCUGAUUGCUGCAUCCUAUAUUGGAGUGUUGGUCACUGUCCUACGAAUGCCAUCAUUCACAGGGCGCCACAAAGCCCUGUCCACAUGUGCCUCCCACCUCAUCGUGGUGGUUCUGUUUUAUGGCACAACGGGGGUCAUCCAUUUGCGUCCCAGGGCCAACUACUCCCCAGAGAGCAAGCAGGUGGUGUCCGUCUCCUAUACUGUGGUCGCCCCCAUGCUCAACCCCCUCAUUUACAGCCUGAGGAACAAGGAGGUGAAGGCUGCCCUGGGCCGUGUGUGUUUUGGCUGA